AUGGCCUCUCACCCUUACUACCCCCUCGACGCCAUCCUUGCCGGGUACGAGCCCAAUGCCCUCGCGCUGCCCACCGUGCUCGCCCUUUUUGGCAGCCUCGCCGGCGCCGUCGUCCUCGUCGCCUACACGGCAGCCGCGCGGCAACCGGGUUUGCGCUCGCUAGACCGCUUCGCCGCCGCUUGGUUUGCGCUUUGCUACUUCAUUUACUACAAAGGCGAGCUAGUCAGCCAACACACUCUGUUUGCUAUGCUGUGGAAAGAGUACACCCUUUCCGACUCUCGCUACCUCACUGGCGAUGUCUUUACACUCUGCAUCGAGACCAUCACCGUCUUCGCCUGGGGACCCCUGUCCCUCUUCACCACACUCUCCAUCAUCUUCCGCUCGCCUAGCCGCCACUUUCUGCAGGUCCUGAUCUGCAUGGCGCACCUCUACGGCGUCCUGCUCUACUACAGCACCAACUGGGCCGAUUACCGCUUCACCGGCGUCUCUUACAGCCGCCCCGAGUUCCUAUACUACUGGGUCUACUAUGUGGGCUUCAACGCGCCUUGGUUCUUUGUGCCUCUCGGCCUGCUUCAUGACAGUUGGUCCCAGAUUACCAGCGCAAUUGUGUUUCAAAGAGACGCCCAGCUUGCCGCCAAAAAGCAGUAA